AUGGGACUUUCUUUUCUUCUCCUUAUACUGUCUUCUGCUUUUGCAUUGAACAAUGGGCUUGGGAAAACCCCUCAAAUGGGCUGGUCUACAUGAAACCACUUCGCUUGUAACAUAAACGCAACAGUCAUUACUUCUGCAGCAAGUGCAAUGGUUUCUUCAGGUCUCAGCGCAAAAGGUUAUCAAUAUAUAAACAUUGAUGACUGUUGGGCUCUUCACCAAAGAAACGCGAACGACCAACUAGUCCCAGAUCCAACCAAGUUCCCACAAGGAAUUUCUGGAGUUGCUAACUAUGUCCAUUCUUUAGGCUUGAAGCUUGGAAUUUAUUCAGACGCUGGAACCAAUACAUGUCAAGGGCAGCCUGGCUCACUAGAUAAUGAACAAACUGAUGCAAAUUCUUUUGCGUCUUGGGAAAUUGAUUACUUAUAUCAAUAUAAAUAACCGUUAUUAUAUAAUAACUAUAAAAUAGAAUUUUUUAUUUACAUAAUAAAUGGGUAUAAAAUAUGACAAUUGCAACAACCAAAAUGUCCCUCCAAAAGUGCGAUAUACAGAUAUGAGAGUCGCCCUAUCUCAAUGCGGCAGGUCAAUUUUCUAUUCUAUAUGUGACUGGGGAGAGGGCGAUGUCUGGACAUGGGGAAACAUCACAGGAAACAGCUGGCGAACAACUCAAGAUAUCAAGGAUGUAUGGCAGAGUAUGAUGCUUAAUUUCUAUUUAAAUUCCAUGCACUCACAAUAUGCAGGACCUGGAGGCUGGAAUGACCCUGAUAUGCUAGAAGUAGGAAACGGAGGCAUGAAUUUUGAAGAAUACAAAAGCCACUUUUCGCUUUGGGCUUUAUCCAAAGCGCCACUUAUUAUUGGGUGUGAUUUGACUCAAAUGUCUAACGAGACCUUAUAUAUUUUGGGAAAUUCUGAUGUAAUUGCGAUUAAUCAAGAUCCAUUAGGAAUUCAGGCAACUUGCAGACUGGCUUGUGACUAUCAAAAUUACCUUACUGGGGUCGAUGUACAAGUAUGGGCUGGGCAGCUGUCUGGAGGCAGCCAAGUGGUUGCACUUAUGAAUUGGAGCGUUUUGAAGAGGAAUUAUCAUUUAAAUUUGAGGGAUAUCGCUAUUACUGGUAAUGCUACAAUUUAUGAGUUGUGGGAUAAGACUACCACGAGUGGGAAUUUCAUUGCAGCAACUGGGAUACCGCCUCAUGGGAUUGUUGUCCAUUCUCUCUGCAUUUUUUGAUAAUUUGGUAUUUGCUUUGAGGCAAUUUAGAAAAAUUUUCAUCAGACAUCUAUUUAGAAAACCCUGCUAUUUCCUAAAAAUUACCUGAUAAGAAAAAAAUGCAGCCAAAUCCCUAACAAUAUCUAUUUCAAAAAAUCAUGCACCGCAUGGGAUCAAGAUUUAUAAGGUUACACCUACAAGUUAA